CCAGAGCUGCUUCACGUGAACAGGGCGGAGCUGAAGGUCCUGGCUCUCCUCAAGGACGUUUGCGCUCCGACAGCUGUGUCGUCUUUCCAUUACACGCAGCAACAAGUAUGAACCUCAAGCCCCCAAAAAAAAAAAAAAGGUGGAGGUCACCUCCGCUCUCCUCGCCAUGACACGAGUUCAGCAUCCCCGGAAAGAAUCCGGCUUCAUUCCCAGCGCAUGAACAUCAUCAUCAUCAUCAUCAUCAUCAUCAUCAUCACCUUCACCUUCAUCAUCACACAUAUGAAAGCCGCGCGUUUUGGCAGCUCGCGAUAAAGCCCCACAUGACGCAGCAGGGCUCUCCACGGCACUGAAGCCAUAUUAAAGCCCGCCGCCCUCCACCCACACCAUCAAUCUGAUGUGGAGAUCGAAGAUAGGAGGGCUCACAUGACUCCACUCCAGACUGGAAGACGAGGAGAAGCGUGGCAUCUUCCAGCAUCAGCACUGCCACAGCUGGCGCAGCUCGUAACGGCGGACAGCGGGAGGAAAUAUCCACGCUUUUCCCUGGAUUUGGAGCAGAGUCUGCGGAUGAGCAGCGAUGGGGGAAUGGACCAUACUAGAGAGGCUCUUGGAGGCUGCUGUUCAGCAGCACUCCACUAUGAUCGGAAGGAUCCUGCUCACCGUGGUGGUGAUCUUCCGGAUCCUAAUCGUAGCUAUAGUGGGAGAGACGGUGUAUGACGACGAGCAGACCAUGUUUGUCUGUAACGCCUUGCAGCCGGGCUGCAACCAGGCGUGCUACGACAAAGCGUUCCCCAUAUCUCACAUCAGAUAUUGGGUCUUCCAGAUCAUAAUGGUCUGCACGCCGAGUCUCUGCUUCAUCACGUACUCGGUCCACCAGUCGGCCAAGCAGAAGGAGCGACGCUACUCCACCGCCACCGUCCUCCUCACGCUGGAUAACAAGGAGCAGGAUUCCCUGAAGCGAGAGGAGGCCAAGAACCAAAAGAUCAAGAACACCAUCAUGAACGGAGUACUGCAGAACACGGAGAACUCCACCAAAGAAGCCGAGCCCGACUGCCUGGAGGCCAAAGAAAUGGCCAGCUCGGGCACGAAACCGGCCAAGUCCAAAAUGCGGCGGCAGGAGGGCAUUUCCCGGUUUUACAUCAUCCAGGUGGUGUUCAGAAACGCUCUGGAAAUCGGCUUCCUGGUGGGCCAGUAUUUCUUGUACGGAUUCAACGUGCCCGCCGUGUACGAGUGCGAUCGAUACCCGUGCAUCAAGGAGGUGGAGUGUUACGUCUCCAGGCCCACGGAGAAAACCGUGUUCCUCGUCUUCAUGUUCGCGGUCAGCGGCUUCUGCGUGGUCCUCAAUCUGGCCGAGCUCAAUCACUUGGGCUGGAGGAAGAUCAAAACGGCCGUGAGGGGCGUGAGGGCCCGCAGGAAGUCCAUCUACGAGAUCCGGAACAAGGAUUUGCCCCGGAUGAGUAUGCCCAAUUUCGGCCGCACUCAGUCCAGUGACUCCGCCUACGUGUAACGGGCGCGUAACGAGAACCCGAAGCCCGCGCGCCGCCGAGAUCGAGACCGUGGACGAGUGCCGUCGCCACGUAAGGUUCAUGAAUUGCAAGAACACGGGGUAGGACUUUUUUGUUACUGUUUUAAAGACUCCACUGGCAACCGCGGACGACAGACGCGUUUGUAAAGCGGUUCACUACUGAAUAAUUAAUGCGACUUUUUAGCAACGUUUGUACUCUGAGACGUACACAAAGAGCAGAUGCUGAUACCUGAAUGCGUAUUGCCUCUCUAAAAAGCUGCGGUGACACUUGACAUGACACUGUCCGUGCCGCGCGCGCACAAUGCAUGCUUUAUGAUUCAUCGCGCUAAACUCCAAGCGGCUCCACGACGACUGCUGUGACAUGAGCACUGACAUGUGAAGUGUGACCGAACCAGCUGCUCUACUGUACUUGAAGGGAGUAAAGGCGUCUUGCACUAAAAAGUGAACGUGAUGCUGACAUAAUAUCGCACAUCGGGAGAGUCUCGAGCCACAAUAUUUCAUGUAGCUAUCAAACACUAUCGCUUCCGCUGCGGUUUCUUUCUUUUUGGUUGCCUGUACCGCACCAUUGACCUUAACGUAGGCUAUGUGAUGAGCUCCAAAUCUGCUGUCGCGUCCUUGUGUGUGUGUGUGUGUGUGUGUGUGUGUGCGUGCGCGUGCGUGUGUGCGUGCGCAGGGGUGAAUUUGCUGCAAACGCUUAAAGUCUGUGACGAUUUCCUUAAUUUCGACACCAAAGCGCCCUCUGCUUUCAUUUGUGACGUGUUUUAAUCGCGCUUAAGUGUAAUCAAGUGCCAUACCUGUAUAUAAAUAUAUGCAUAUAUACAUAUAGAAUCUAUUCUGAAGAAUAUAACCAUAUCCAUAAAGCAGAUUUAUUGCUUGAAUUAUGCUCACCGCGUCCAGACCUGCUUUAGCUCUAUUUGCUGUAAAUGAACUGAAAAUGGCACAACGCGUUGUCGCUUCUCUUUCGUUUGGGAAAAAAAAAAAAAAAAAAACGGCCAGGUGGGGAAUAAAGCGCUGGUCUUUUCCACGCAGGACAGCCGUCUUUGCUCGCUAACACACGACGGAACAGCGUUUCAGCAAUGUUUUGUGCUCUGGGGCUGUUUUUUUUUCUUUUUCUUUCCACCCGUGUAGUUUGUUUUGGGAUUCACGUACUGUUAAGUGAAAAGCCCACGCCUGCCGCAUCUCUUCCGCUCUCGAGCGGGCGCGCGCUUUCACUUCACGCUGGUUCGAGGCUUCGCUCAGAAGCAGAGCCCCGGUGCAUUAUCGUCAAGAUGUCAUUUUGUUUCUCCUCUUUGAAUGGUUCUUUAUGAUUAUGCCACCAUGUAUUUAUGACAAGCAAAUGCGUGCACAGAGAGGAGAUGUUCUCUGCACUUCUGAGCUUGAAGGGAAAGUAUUGCAUGUUUAAGAACUUAUAUUCAAGAGAAUUUCGGGGGAUGAAAUCUUAUGCGGCAUUCGCUCGAGUAUUGAUAUGUCAACCCCCCACCCCACCCACCGCCCCCAACCCCCGCAGAUGCUUAAAAACUGACACGUCUUGAAGGUCACCGAGGAUAAAGGACAGUUUGUGACGGACCGUCCCGGAUGGAGCCUGACGGGAUGACCCCUGGGACGAUGGACGUUUGGUGUUAUGAGAAGGGGGCGGGCUGGUGGGGACGGGAACAAAAUGGCUUGGCUGUACGGUGCGAUCUUCCCUUUUCUGUCAGUUAUUCCUCUCGCCUUGGAUAAGCAUUCCAGGACUCCUGAGAUUUUUACAACUUUGUGGUCCUUACUGAGAAAUGAAAGCCCAGAGCCGAAGGACUGUACUGGACCUGACAGAGCAAAGCUUUAAUAAAACAUGAACUGGUAUCUCUCUUGCCUUAUAUGUACUGCAGUCUCCCCUCCCCUCUCUCUCUCUCUCUCAUUCUCUCCCGUGCAUUUUCUGCAAGAGCCGACCUGGGGUUUUUAGAGCUCCUGCUAAAUGACAAAAUGAUUGGGUUAUGUAUGAAUGUAAUUCUGCAUGCUGCGAUGUGGCAUACAUCAGGCGACGCGGCGCUGCAGACCCCGCAGACGGAGAGACUCUUGAGAUGCAUUGCGCACGCCGGGAUGUCUCCGCUGCGGUCCAAACCGACGAAACGUUGUCUUGUUUGCAGGCCUGAGAUGACCGGACGCGCUAGCAUGGGACGCCGUUACCGCAGGUACACGAAUCACAAAACGCAUAGGGUGUUUCGUUUUUUUUUUGUUGCAGUUUCUCCUCCCCCCGGAGCUUCAUCAUCUGAGAGCAAACGACGGUGUGAGGGCGUAAUGUCGCAGCACCUCGUAUGCACUGCAAUUUUAUCCUGAUCGAUUUGCAUAUUGGUAAAAAAAAAAAAAAAGAAAAAAAAAAGGGCCUUGCAUGUAGUGAACGCAGAAAACGCCGGGCUGUUCCUUUCUGAGCCUCCGGUCCUUGUGGUUUUGAGGAUGGUACAUGUGUAAACUGAAUGAAAUGAAGAUGGAUGAUAUACUGUGAAUUAAAUCCACUUCUUUACAAAGAUGGUGAUGAAAGUGACGGGCCUGAUCUUUUGUUUUCUUGCCGUACUCUCUCACACACACACACACACACACACACACACACUCAUGCCGCUCCUCUGAGAUUUCAUUGAACCGCAGUGUCCUGGAAGGGCUGCGCAGAAACUCUGCAAUGCACAACUGCUCUCACCUGCACAUCACUGAACAUGGCCGCUGGAAAUCUCUUCAGUGUGUGUGUGUGUGUGUGUGUGUGUGCAUACACAAAAAUAGCACAAAUGUCAAAGAAUGAUCUUAUCUAACGACUGUUAACCGGGGUGAUGGGACCGUAUGUUAUUAGUGUAUAUUAGUGUUUGUCAAAGUACUGUGUAAUUCAUUUGAUGUUGAUAGAUUUCCAAAGUAAACACCAAGAGCUACGAAUAAAAAGAAAUGCCUCCUUUAAA